AUGAGAGAAUUACUACUAGUACGCAAACUCGAAGAAGAAAAUGCAAAGAGAAAACAAACCGGCGACACAAUAAAAGAUACUUCAGCUUCUGGAGGUCUGUCUUCGCAAAGCCAUAGUUGCGAACCUACAAAAGAAGACCUUUACAGUUGCAAGGACAUAGCCAACUCAAGUAGUCCCGCAACAGAUGCAAACAGCCAAAAUCCACCGUCCUCUAACGAAAGCCAAGAGAUAUUGGCACCUGAAAUAGAAAAUUUUGUUGAUAAUAAAGAGCACCUACUUGAAGAGAAUGCCUAUGUAGAGAAUACCAACUUGGACGAAAACCAAAUUCCAAAUUCUAUGGAAAAUACACACACAACAUUAGAUUCAUCUAUAAACAAUUUCCCAGAAAUAUCAGAGGAAGAAAGAAGGCAACAAGAAGAAUCUGCAUUGGAACUGAAGACGAGACGCGAGAGUUUAAAAGAGUUUUUCAGACAGCAACAGCCUUACGUAAGAGAAACUACGGAUACUUGCAAAAGAGCGCUAUCCGAAGCUGAAUAUGCCAUUCCUAUUUCAACAGGGACUGUAUUAUUAGAUGCGGAUAAGGCUAUUGGAAGUCAAGAACCCGCAGGAAAACUUCCAUAUUUGGAGGAGGAAAAUACGAUAAAUGGUGCAUCGGAUGAAGCAGAAUCCGUUGCAAAACUACCCACCGCUGAAGAUGAACCGAAAACGACGAAUAUGGAGAAUAAAAAUUUAUCUGCUCCACCUUUAGCAGAACUAAGUCCCGAUGAAAAAAGGCAGAAAGCUGCUGCUUCUCGAGCUAUGCAGAAGAAAAGUCUUAGAGAGAUGAUGAAACAGAAGCGACGCCAAGUCACUACUGAACAUAAGGAAGAGAGUGAUGGCAGUAUAAUCAUUAUAACACCAAAUACGAAGAAUACUGAAACCAAUUUACAAGCUACAGGGGAUAUUCAAACCAACGCAGGCGUCGCGGAUGCAGAUUCAGACGGAUCAGUUGACUUAGAUGCACUAAUUGCACAGGGCAGUGAUUUGGAUUCAAGCGGUAUUAAUUUGGAGAUUGAUGGCGUGAAUGAUGACGAUGAUGACUUCUGGAAAGUUGAUUCUUCGGAGCUUGAGAAACACUUGACACCAUCCACCUCUCCGCUACGUCAGCUGUCUCCUGAUCCGCAAAAUGUGCCUGCUAUGGCACUAUUUCAAAGAUCGAGACCUGAAGUUAUUGAAGAAGAGGAGGAUCUAAGCGAUACCAUCCUUGCAGUUGACGACCAAGAAGUCGACGAUCUUUGGGAUUCAUCGGCGGAUACACAUAACUAUGAAUUGGAGUCAAAAGAAGAAGACGAAUUUGACAGGUCUUUGGACACACAAAUAACACCGGUACUAAAACCCAUAUCGUCUCCAUCUCCGUCUCCGUCUCCACGUCCAUCUUUAAGUGGGGGUAAAUCAGGAAUUCCUACAGGACUACCGAGACCCGGUUUCGCACCACAUUUCGGCGGGUUUCCUCUAUCACCUAAUUCAUCGAGAGCUUCGUCGAAUGCUGACCCUGAUGAAUUCGAGACACUGUCAAACGGUUCUCACACGUCCGUCAGAUCGACCAGCAGCUCAAAGUCUGGUGCGUCAAGCAUCCGCAGGCCUUCAACAACAAUGGGUAUUCGUGCUCCUAGCAGAAUUGGUUCUCACGGUGCCAUUUCACCCUCAAGAAUAGGUUCACCGAAUUAUUCUGGCAUAGCGACGCCUAGUCGAUCUCGUUCAAUGAGUAUAGUGAGUAACAGUUCAGCUGAAGAGAGCACUACCUCCUCAGCUGGUGGGGCACACUCACCAAUACGAAUUGCCUCACCGACGCGCGGACUCCGAACACAUCAAGGUAUCCCAUCAGGCAUACCAACCGGUACACGUCCAAGAUCACGAAGCAGAGUCAGUACGAGUUCGACCGAUGAAGUGUUGACUAGGCCUGCUAGUGUAGCAGGAACCCCUAUACGCCCAUUGAAUAGAGCUAGCACGCAAAUUGGAACGAAAACCUCCAACAUAAUUUCACCUAACAAGAAGACCAAAAGUGGCGUUCCUGAGGCAACGAAUAGUAAAAUAGCAAGUUCUAAAGUUACAUCUCCGGCACGUGCAUCAUCCACAAGAAUUACCUCACCCUCGCGCGGACUCCGAUCACCACAAGCUAUCACAUCGGGUAUACCAACUGGUUCUCGUCCAAGAACACAAAGCAGAAUCAGUACAAGUUCGACUAACGAAGGGUUGACUAGACCUGCUAGUGUGGCAGGAACUCCUGUACGCUCAUUGAAUAGAGCUAGCACACAAAUUGGGACUACAAAAACUUCUAGUACCAUUUCACCAAUUAGGAAGACUAAAAGCGGUGUUCCCGGUGCAACGAAUAGCAAAAUAGCAAGUGUUAAAGUUACAUCUUCAACACGUACAUCAUCAACAUCAACAACUGCAUCUGGAUCAAAAAGUCUUCGCAUACGAGAUUAA